AUGGUUUACUCCGCUUCACUUGUCGUCGCCUCGACCAAGUCAGAGUUGCCUUAUCAUUUAAAUUCUGCCAUAAUGAAAGUCUGUCAGGAAGCUUUGGUACAACGUGGCACAUUCACAAUAGCACUGUCAGGUGGAUCCCUGCCGUCGUUUCUAUCGUCGGUAAAAGACGUCUUCGAAGCUGCCGGGAAUGAUCCGAAGUUUGAGAGUUGGCAUAUCAUUCUAGCGGAUGAGCGCUGCGUACCAAAGUCUCAUCCUGACAGCAACAUGGGCGCACUUGAAAACGACUUUCUCAACCAAGUUUCUGUUCCGUCAGAUCAAGUACAUGCCAUAAAUACGAGAAAGUUGGAAGAAUCUACUGAUGCCGUUGCAUCAGAUUAUCAAGAACAGAUUGAAGAAGUUCUAUCAAUAUCGGGUGGACAGCUGGAUCUGGCGGUUCUAGGAUUCGGUCCCGACGGUCACACUUGUUCAUUGUUUCCAAAUCAUGUAUUGCUCACCGAGCAGAACAAAAUGGUUGCCGCAAUCGAAGACUCUCCGAAGCCACCCCCUCACCGAAUCACCUUGACAUUGCCAGUUUUGAAUAAGCACACUAGACACGUCAUUUUCUGCGGGGCAGGACGUUCGAAGAGUGCUGUUGUGCGGGAUGUAUUUAGCGACAUUUCUCCGGCUGAUGCAAGCUACUCCGUCCAACACGGAAAUCUUUACAAAGUAACAUUAUCAUCUCCAGCGCCAUAUCCAUGCGCAAUGGUUCGUCCUGAUUCCGAACAAACGGAAAAUAGUUUGAUGUGGAUUGUAGACGCGGAUGCCAUGGAAUCAGCCACAGAGCAGAAAUAA